UAAAAAAGCUUUCCCGUUUUAACUAAUAACAAUUGGGCUUGUUUGAAGAAGCAAAUAUGGAACCUCGUAUUAUAGUCAACUUUGUAUGCCAGCGUUGCCUGCACCCUAUUCAGUUGGAUCCAGGGUUCUCGCAUCUCAAUGAACACACACUUGCUGAACUUGCUUUGCCUAUUUAUCCUGGAGAAGAGGUAGAGUUUGAUCCAUCAGAGGUAGAUAAAUUGGUACCUCCACUUCCAUUGACUGACUCAGGCCACCACCCUCAUGGCUUUACAUUAGUUGGAGAAUCAGGUGACACUGAAAAAACACAACCUCUUAAGGUAGCUACAAAUCUUUAUGACUUAGUGAGCUCCAACAGUGGCAUUGAUCAUCCUCUUUGUGAAGAAUGCACUGAUGCUCUGCUAGACCUGAUGGACACUACACUGUCAAGAACUCAAAAGCAGGCACAGAUGUCACAACAGUUAUAUGCUUCAUUGACAGAUAUGCCAGAUACUGAUGUUACAGCUCUUGAGAAUGAGUUGAAAAAUCUACAACUUGAAGAAGAACGGCUGAUCAAGGAGUUAGCAGAGGUGGAGGCUGAACAAGAUGCUGCUCAAAAGGUGUUGGAGAAGCACGAAGAAGAAAAGGCACAGUUGGAAGAUGAAGAAGAACGUUACUGGAGGGAGUAUUGUACUCACAAGUCACAGCUCACUGCUAUGGAAGAUGAGAAUAGAAGCUUGAAAAGCCAACUGACCUACACGCAAAAUCAACUCGAGCGAUUGAAAAAGACAAAUGUGUUUAAUACAACUUUCCAUAUCUGGCAUUCUGGCCAUUUUGGAACAAUAAACAAUCUUCGCUUAGGUCGUCUUCCUACUGCUCCUGUCACCUGGCAAGAAAUAAAUGCUGCCUGGGGCCAGACUGUUCUGCUCUUAGCUUCGCUAGCUAGGAAGAUAGGACUAAAGUUUUCUAAAUACAGAUUAGUUCCUUAUGGCAACCAUUCAUAUAUUGAGGUUAUUGGUGAAAAUCGUGAAUUACCCUUGUAUGGAUCUGGUGGAUUCCGAUUCUUGUGGGAUACCAAGUUUGAUGCAGGAAUGACAGCCUUCUUGGAAUGUGUAGCAGAAUUUCAGCAACAUGUUGAGGCACAGGAAGGUCAAGCAGCUCGUUUCUGUCUGCCAUACCGUAUCAAUAAACACUGUAUUGAAGAUCCUACAUCUGGCAAUUCUCUUUCUAUAAGGAUGCAGUUCAACAGUGAAGAACAGUGGACCAAAGCUCUCAAGUUCCUCUUGACUAAUCUGAAAUGGGGACUUACAUGGGUAUCUUCAGCCCUUUUCUCUAGUACACAGGGUGAAAGUUAGGUACAAAAAUUGUGGACUCAAGAUGAACCUAUCAAAUAGGCUUGGGGAAAGACUUGAGGGUGAGGUUGUUCUAGAUAUACUAAAAUAAGGAAUGGAAAGGUGAUAUAUAUAUUUUCUGUAUUUAUAAAUGAGUUUCUAGCAGCGCUGUAUAGCCCUUGUGGCUUAGCACUUCUUUUUGAUUAUAAUAAUAAUAAAUGAGUUUCUUGGGUUGUAAUUAGUGUAAAUAAACUAAUGCUAAGAGAUAGGAAUUAAAAAAAUGUGUAUAUGAAAAGUUAAUUUGAAAUGGCACUCUUCAAGGAAUGUGUCACAAUGCCAAUGAAUGACUUUUGAUUCAAGUAAUUGGAGUCACCCUCUUUCUCAGACCAAUAAAUAUAUACAUAGGUGUAUACAAUAGGAGCAAGGGGCUGGUAACCCCUUCUCCUGUAUAUAUUACUAAAUGUAAAAGAGGAAACUUUCAUUUUUCCUUUUGGGCCACCCCGCCUCGGUGGGAUAUAGCCAGUGUGUUGAAAGAAAGUGUAUACAGUAUAUACAGUUCAAUUUAAUUUAGGAAUAAAAGUGCAAUGUAUUCUUCAGUUAUUGAACAUGUUUCAUGCAGCCUUAAUGACCCUUGUGUAAUAAAUAGGCUCUAAACUUGAACAACCAGUCCUUCCUCAAAUCAGACCUGAUAACUUCCCAUUCAAAAUACUGAUGACCUACAGAUUUGACACUUCUCCAUAAAUUCUUAUUACAUUCAUUUAGGGAAGAAGAGGCUAAACCAUUAGGGAUCAUACAGGUUUGAUUUAAAGAAGGAAAGGUCAUGUCCAAUUCCUUGAAUUGUGGAAUCUCUGCCUCCUUGCUUCAGUGUUCAACACCUAUACUUCACAUCCAUAUAAAAUGUUGGUAUUACUAUACUCUGGUACAUUCUUGUGGCAUCCAUAAGCUAUGAAUGUUGCAGCGAGGAGAAGGCUGGAGGCAGUGGAGAUGUCAUGUCUGAGGGCAAUGUGUGGUGUGAAUACAAUGCAGAGAAUUCGUAGUUUGGAAGUUAGGAGAGGUGUGGGAUUGCCAAAACUUGUCCAGAGGGCUGAGGAAGGGUUGUUGAGGUGGCUCGGACAUGUAGAGAGAAUGGAGCGAAACAGAAUGACUUCAAGAGUGUAUCAGUCUGUAGUGGAAGGAAGGCGGGGUAGGGGCUGGCCUAGGAAAGGUUGGAGGGAAGGGGUAAAGGAGGUUUUGUGUGCGAGGGGCUUGGACUUCCAGCGGGCAUGCGUGAGCGUGUUUGAUAGGAGUAAAUGGAGACAAAUGGUUUUUAAUACUUGACGUGCUGUUGGAGAGUGAGCAAAGUAACAUUUAUGAAGGGGUUCAGGGAAACCGGCAGGCCGGACUUGAGUCCUGGAGAUGGGAAGUACAGUGCCUGCACUCUGAAGGAGGGGUGUUAAUGUUGCAGUUUAAAAACUGUAGUGUAAAGCACCCUUCUGGCAAGACAGUGAUGGAGUGAAUAAUGGUGAAAGUUUUUCUUUUUCGGGCCACCCUGCCUUGGUGGGAAUUGGCCAGUGUGCUAAUAAAAAAUAAAAAAAGCUAUUUUCAUUUCAAAGAUGCUUCAACACACUACCUACUUAUUUUCCCUCAUCUAUUCUAUGGUUCACUUAAUUUUUUGUAGACCAGUCUGUUGACAUUUCCUCCCAAAUAUCUAAAUAUAUACAUCUGCUUCCUCCAUACUCCCUCUAGUCUAAUAUUCAACUUACUAAUAAGCUAGGCUUUUUGUUACCCUCAUGGCCUUGCUCUUAUCCAUAUUCACUUCUAAUUUCCUUUUAUACAUCCGCCCAAAUUCAUCCACCAACCUUUACAAUUUGUCUUCAAUCCCUCGUAAGAAUUGUGGCAUUAUACAAUAGGUCCCCUACUGACGAUGAUCCACGUUUGCUAAACUGGUACUUUGAAAGUGCCAUGAGGACCAGCACAGAGAUGUGUUUUCAUACAUUGAAGCCCAUAAUGUGGUUUAUGUAUACCACUCCAUUUUAAAUUACAUUGUACAGUAAGGCUUUGUAAUGUUUGUGUUCAUGAAAAUUGUAACCAAGAGUGUUUGGAAUCUACUUUUCCAUAAAUGCCCAUAUUAUAUUCAAAGAUACAUUCUCAAACCAUAAUAUUCUCUAACUGAUUUGAUUUUCAGGUAAGAUAAUUUACUUAGUAUUUUACAUUCCAUGCUAUAUACUCCUUUUCAACUGCAAAUAGCACCAAACAAUAUUAAUGUGUAUAUGUUAUUUACAGCUGCAGUACAUUAUGGUAUUUAUACUGAAUAUUAGUACAGUUUUGUUCACUGGAAGUGAUAUUUCUAUGGCCAUGAGCAUUCCUGAGAUUCAGAAGGGAGAUUGUGUCCAUAACUAAUUAAUAAUAUCCAAAGUGCCAAAAUUGUAAGUGUGGGUCAUCAUAAGUCUGGGACCUACUGUAUAGCAGUCAUUACCAGUUUUCACGUUUCAUUUCUGCUUAUACUUGAUUUGUUACAUAAUGACAUUCUCACCUUUGAGGAACUUGUCUACUUUGAUAAGGAGGCAGGGCCAGGAGCUAUGAAAUGACCCCUGCAACCACAAAUAGGCAAGUACACACACAGUCAAGGCAAGAAGGAAAAACUUGGCCAUCUAUAGUAGUAACUUAGCCUAGGGUGUACCUCAACUUUCUCAAGUUUUUUUUUUUAUUAUUUUAUCUAGUGUUGUCAACCUGCAUGAAAAAUUACCGUAUGUAUUAUUUCAUACAAAUACUUUUGUAAAAUUUAAUUACUUGAUAAUGAAGAGUAGUGUAAAGCACCAGAGGGGUGCUUUACACUACAGUUAUAAAACUGCAACAGUAACACCCCUCCUUCAGAGUGAUAUUCACUUCCCAUAGUGAUAUUCACAGUACAUGCCAGGUUUGAAGAAAGGUAUGCUGGUUUGAUGUUACCUCCUAACCACAGAGUACUCUAUUAGUGUUGUAUUCGGAGAAUGUGCUAAACCCACAUGGAUAUCACGGCACCUGAUAAGCGGGAGGCAAUCAGUUUUCAUCUAAGGAAGGAGAAAACAAGUCCAAUUCCUUGUAUCAAAAGUCUCUUACCAGCAUCAAGGAACCUCUGAGGGCCAUACAUAUUUAAAGGGUGACUUAAUGCAACUAAUUAAUUUUUUAAUUAGUACUGUAUUGUUAACAUGAAAAAUGUAAGAAAAUAAACUGCUUGAUAUACAA